AUGGAACGAAGAGUGAGCCUCAAAGACCUCAUUCGUAAUGCCGGCGUCAUCCCCGUCGAACAGCGCCAAGCAGUCCUCCCGGCCCCAACACAGCCGGCCAUCUCGGUCAGCGACGAGGACAUCUCGCAAGCGCGAAACAUCCUGCUUGAACGGAGGGCCAAAAAUCCCGAAAGCAAGAAUGUGUUGAAGAGCAUCUUCAAAAGCUCGAAAGAGAAGGACAAGGGACAGGAUGGGGCGCAAUUCUCACAGGAGGAGCUCGACCAAGCCUUGUCCGCUGUCAUCCGCAGUCCCACGACUGGACCCGGCCUAAUCCAAGCCUUCCUCACUCUGGGCGCGAAAGUGAAUAUCAUCGAGACAAUCGACAAGAAGCGAAGAUCGAGUAAUCAGGCCAAUACAGCAUUGCGCCGCCGUAGCACGGUCUUACAGCAGGCUGCAAGCCUAAGGAAAGCCGAUGGUGUCAACAUCCUCGCCGCCUCUGGUGCGGACCAACAGACCUUGGACGAAGGACUGAAAGCUGCUUUGGCUGCCGGCGAUCAAGAAAGUAUAGGCCUCUUACUGCGUCACGGAGCAGACCUGAACAACUUCCCCAAUGCUUUGGCAAAUGCGGUCCGAUCGAAUGACCUGAACUUCGUCAAGCUUUUGCUGCGAGCACCAAAGCCACUGCGUGCUCAAAUCAUCAAUUCCUGCUUACCUGCAGCGGUCCAGCAAGGCUCGGAUGCUGUCAUAUCUCUGCUAAUAGCAUACGGCGCUGACCCGAAUUUCGACUCCGCAAGCGCUCUCAACAUGGCGAUUGGAAGACAGGCCUACAAGCUGGCCAUCGCUUUGGUCGCUGGCCCGAUUCGUCUUAACGAACCGAACCUGCAACAUGCGCUCGACACUACCAUGAGGCUACCGACGCGGCAGGCAACGCUGCAGUUCCUACAGCUCUUGUUCUGCUGCGGGCUACCUCCAGAUAGCCGUGGUCUACCGGACUUCCUCAUUUGUCUAGCAAGAAGCAACGACACUGCUGGCGCGAAGAUGAUGGUCAGCUAUGGCGUACCAACCACCGCUGACGAUGCCGAGUGUCUGAGAGAGGCUGUCGAAAACUCAAACUGGAGCUUGGUGGAUGCUAUUCUCCAGACCCCCAUCGCCCCUCUGCAUGCAACAGCAGCGCUUGCUGUUUUGCCGACCAACACCCCACAGCCUGAUAGACUUCGCGUAGUCGAUGCCUUGCUAAAGAAAGGCGCAGCAGGUCCGCCUCUUGGUCGAUUGCUCACGCAAGCCACAAAGGAGAAAGACACUCAGUUGAUCGAUCUCCUUCUUGGUGCUGGCGCGCCUGUCGAUUCAGGCGACAACGGCGCACUUCAUUUUGCAGUGGUCAAUCGAGAUAUCCGAACACUCAAGUCAAUUCUCAACGCUCGCCCCCCACCAGAGACCCUAGCGAACGUGUUUCCGCUCAUCUUCCGUACUGAUGGGAUCUCGGUAUCGGAGCGACGUGAAAUUGCGCGGCUAUUACUAGAGCACGGUGCAAGUGGUCCUGGUGUUGAUCAAGCUCUAGUCAAUGCAAUUGCGGACACGUCGGCUGGGCGGGAUGGGGCCCUGAUAACAGACCUCGUUCGCAAAGGUGCAAAUGUUGACGAAAGAGCCUUGUCGCUCGCAGUGACACAAGUCGACAUCUCUCUUCUGCGUCUACUCUGCAACACUAGACCCAACUCCUCAGCGACGUCGGCAGCCCUACCUCUAGCAUUUGAUUCACGAGCGGGCAGACACUCAAAAACACUCGAGAUCAUUGACUUGCUUCUGAACCAUGGAAUUGAAGAAGAGCCAGCCAGUCAGACCUUACAGAUUGCCAUCAAUGGCGGCCCCGACAACAUUGAUAUCAUCGAGCGGCUGCUCACUGCCAGCCCUAGACUGCUAAGCACCGCGUUCAAGUACACGACAGCGAUUGAAGAUCCCCACAAAAAGGCACCAAUACUCAAUGCUUUACUGAAGCUAGGAGUACCACAAGACGCUCUGGACCAAGCCCUUGCCGCGGAGACACGACAGGCCGUUGCCACAAAUGACACAACCAGUACCAGGUUGCUGUUAGGACAAGGAGCAUCUGUGAGUCACAACGAUGGCGAAGCGUUGAGUGUUGCGGUAGCUUCAGGAAACAGCUCGCUAAUGGCAUUAAUACUCAGUGGACGUCACCAACCAUCACGAUCUAACGUCACGAGGUCGUUCCGUACAUUGUUCACCGACGAGAAGUUGAUGCUGGAAGGAAAGAAAGAGAGCAUUGGUGAAAUGGCACAAGAGCUACUGGCCCGUGGAGUAGAACAGUCUGCCAUCGACGCAGCUCUGCGACUCGUCCUCAGCAACGAGCAUAGUAAGUAUACGGAGCCCUGGAUUGAUCUGUUGCUUCAAUAUCACGCGGAUGUCAACACGGCGGAUGGGGCAUGCUUCGUCUUCGCAGCACAAAAGCACAGUCACACCAUCUUUGAGAAGCUCAUGCGUCACUACCCCAAGUUCAACGUCGUCGUUCCAGCGUUAUUGAGUUCCAAGCUCCAAGACGAAGUAGUCGUUGCCGCAAUACAGUCAUGCCUCGAUCACGGUUGCAUACUUGAACAGCUCGGUGUCGGCUAUAACAAGCCACCGAUACUCAUCACCACCAUGACUGUGUACCCACGCAAUAGCGCGCUCAUCACGCUACUCUUGAGGCGCGGCUUGAAUCCGGAAAUAACCAUCCCCACGGUUCUCCAUUCGUCCUGCGGACCCGAAACUGUGCCCGCACUGCUUUGGGCAUUAGCUCAACCACAGAAGCGCAUUUCGGACGCCGUAAUCUCCGCCCUUUUGGAAGCUGGAGCAUCCGUUGACCGACUUUCUGACGGUUCGGAGACUACGGCACUUAUGCUCGCCGCUCGUGAGGGGCGUCAUGAGAUAGUGAAUGCACUAGUCGUGCGGGGUUCGGAUGCGGAUCUUCGGGAUGUCUGGAACAAAUCCGCACUCUUCUACGCUAGCAGCAGUGUGUCUGGGGAAGCCACAGUGAAGAUACUAGCGCCAUGCUCGCUAGCAAAUGAUGGUGCAUUACAUGAGUCAGCCAGGGAGCUCAACGUCGAGGUCACGAAGGCCUUGUUGGAGCAUGCUCACGAUCCAAACUACCCAUCUCGUCUCCAUGGCGGUAGAAAUGUCCUUGGGGAGAUAUGUCUGAACGCAAGAGUCUCCACAUCCGCGCAUCGCUCGAAGUUUCGCCAGCUACUGCGUCUUCUCUUGACCAAACGCGUAAACCCCAAAUUCCGCGCUCGCAACGAGAGGUCAUGUGUCAUCCUCGCGCUCGACAAUGCCUACAGCGCCCUUCCCAUCACAGAGGCUCUGCUAGAGACAGAGAUUUGGCAAGACCUCAACGAUGAAGCACACAUCUACUGCGACGCAGCCUCAGGCCUCCAUUACUCACCCUACUCUUACGUCGAGCUGAUCGCUACGCCCGCCCGCACUCCCGUCAAAAAGGCCCUACUCGAUCUCCUUCGCGACAAAGCCUGUUCCCCAGUCUACUAUUCUUCGUCGGCACUCCAACCCGUCGGCGCAACAGGCAUCCCACCCGCGAUCGCCAAACUCGUAGACAAGCAAAAGGAACACGAGCUCUCAAUCCGCCACGAGAAGGAGAAGUUCGAGCACACUCGCACGAUCGAAGAAACAAGCCACAAAGACAUACUACGAAGAAAGCGCGAGAGCCAAACCGUCGAACUAGAACUACAAACCAAAGCAACUCAACACUACACCGCCCUGGAGCAGCAGAAACACGAGUUCGAAGUCCACCGCGUAAGGGAGGCGGAGCGGAUGAAGCGCUCGGAACGAGUAGCCUGGCAUAACUUGGUACAAGAGCAAGAGCGCGAUGCCGCUGCUGCACGGGCGAGUACAGAGGAGAGGAAACUGAGAGAGGCUAUGGCGGCUGAGAGCAAGAUGAUCGAGCAGCGGAAACAGGAGUUGGAGCAUAGGGCUGGGGUGGAGAGGCGGAUGUUGAAGGAGAAGGAGGAGCAUUAUGAGAGGAAUGUUAAGAGGCAGAAGGAGGUUAGGCAGAUUGAGGGUGGGCCGCCGCAGUGGGGGACUGUGGAUUAG